CUCUUUGUUGUUCCUUGUAGGUAACACACCUGUGUGCAAAAUGAUAGCAGCCACUUGUUGGGUGCCUAAAGGGGUUUCAAAGUCUCUUCCAGUCGUGGCAGAACCACCUUCUAAAGAGGAAAUCGAAGAGAUACUGAAGAGUGGUGCUUUAGAGAGAAGUGGAGACAGUGAGAAUGAGGACGAUGAAGACAUGGAUGUUGAUGCGGCCAAGCAAACAGAUGAAGUAUCCCAUGCAUUGGCAGCGGCAGAUGCACUUGGCAAGACAUUAAAUACAAGUUCUGGAACAAACUUCCAAGACAUAACCGAUGGCCUUAGGGAGCUUGACAUGGAUCACUAUGACGAAGAAGAUGACGGCAUCGAGCUAUUUAGUACGGGACUCGGGGACACCUACUAUCCAAGUAAUGACAUGGACCCAUAUCUGAAAGAUAAAAAUGAUGAUGAGGAGGAGGAAAUUGAGGAUUUGGCCAUAAAGCCAUCGGACGCAGUUAUAGUUUGUGCUCGGAAUGAGGAUGAUGUCAGCCAUCUUGAGGUUUGGAUAUUCGAGAACUCAGAUGAUGGUGAACGAAACAUGUUUGUUCAUCAUGAUAUCAUCCUUCCAGCCUUUCCCCUUUGCACAGCAUGGCUUGAUUGUCCUCUUAAAGGAGGCGACAAAGGAAACUUCAUAGCAGUAGGUUCAAUGGAACCUGCCAUUGAAAUAUGGGACCUAGACCUCAUUGACGAAGUCCAGCCUUUUAUGGUGUUAGGUGGAAUUGCUAAGAAGAAGAAAAAAGGAAAGAAGAAAUCAGUCAAAUUCAUGAAGGAUAGCCACACAGAUUCUGUACUUGGCCUUGCUUGGAACAAGGAAUUCAGGAAUGUACUGGCCAGUGCAAGUGCUGACAAUACUGUUAAGAUUUGGGAUGUGGCAACAGGCAAAUGUGACAUCACAAUGGAACAUCAUAUAGACAAGGUUCAAGCAGUUGCAUGGAAUCAUCAUGUGCCACAAGUUCUUCUUAGUGGAUCUUUUGAUCGCUCAGUUGUCAUGAAGGAUGGGAGGGUGCCUUCAUCCUCAGGCUGUAAGUGGCUGGUUACAGCUGAUGUUGAAAGCUUGGCGUGGGAUCCACACACUGAGCAUUCAUUUGUGGUCAGUCUUGAAGAUGGUACGGUUCAAGGUUUCGACAUCAGGGGUACUAAGUCUGACUCAAGCUCUGUGUCCAAGCCAAGUUUCACUCUUCAUGCACAUGACAAAGCUGUGUGCACGGUAUCCUACAAUCAUGCUGCACCUAAUCUCCUUGCAACAGGGUCUACAGAUAAAAUGGUGAAACUUUGGGAUGUAUCAAACAACGAACCUUCUUGUGUUGCAUCCCAGAAUUCUAAAGCUGGAGGCAUCUUUUCCAUUUCCUUCUCUGGGGACAGCCCAUUCCUGCUAGCUAUAGGAGGCUCCAAGGGAAGAUUGGAAGUAUGGGACACCUUAUCUGAUGCUGGGGUUGCAAAAAAAUUUGGGAAGUAUAAUAAAAGUAAAGUAACAUCCCCAGCAGAGCCUUGAUUUGAAACAAGAGAGACAGAAAUGUAUAUACUGAAUGUAUACCAGUGGCUGGAGUCACGAUAAGGAAAGCAGAAGCUACUGAAACCAAGGCUCUUCUGAUGCAACUUUAAAACAAGUCGGGCUUUUGAACAAGGUUAAAAUGGAUGUCUCCUUUCUGUUUUUUGGUUCCUUUCCUGGUAUAAAAACCAGAAGGUUUGACUGGAAUUGGAGGCUUUUGGCUCUGUGUCUGGUUUUUAAAACUUGUCGUCGAGUAUCUGUUAGGUUGUGUGGCUGCUGUAUGUAAUUGAUUGUGAUCAAUUUUGAGGUUAUGUAUGCUAGUGGAAUUGUUCUUUUCUUAGGCUAAAUUAAGAGAAUUGUAUGGCAUGACAUCUUCAAUCAUGCUUGACCUGGUUGAUUCAUAGUUUCUGAUGUGCUAAUAGAUCUCUAUGUUAUGGUCAAUAAUU